AUGGAUAUGCAUAAUAAAGGGUGUUUGAUGGUUGCAUUUGGUGUUCUUUUAGUUGGCACUUUUUAUAUAUUGAUGUUGGUCAAUGGAGAAAGGAUCUCAAGUAUUUAUGAUCAUGAAUCAAGUUGUUGUUGUCAGUUUCCAGCAAUAUACAACUUUGGUGAUUCGAAUUCAGAUACAGGAAGUGUAUCUUCUGUUUUCGGCACUCUUGCUUCGCCUUAUGGGAUGACUUAUUUUCAUAAACCUGCUGGGAGGUACUCUGAUGGGCGUUUGAUCAUUGACUUUAUGGCUGAAAUAUUAGGUUUGCCAUACUUGAGUUCAUAUCUGGACUCUAUUGGAACAAAUUUUCGACAUGGUGCUAAUUUUGCUGCCAGUGGGUGCACCAUUCAGCCUGCAGACUCACUAAUGCUGAACAGGACUUAUAACCCUCUCACUCUUGAUGUACAGCUCUUGCAGUUUGAACAACUCAAAAAGCGAGCAUCUGAUUUGUAUAGUGAAGCUAAAUCAAAUGAGGUUAAAAGUCGUCUUCCACGGUCUGAGGAUUAUACACGAUCCCUUUAUACAAUUGACAUAGGACAAAAUGAUCUUGAUGCUGGGAUUAAAUCAAUGAAGGAAGAGGAAGUGAAGACAUAUAUCCCCACCAUAAUCAAUGAGUUUGCUUCUGCUGUAGAGAAACUUUACCAAGGAGGAGCAAGAAAAUUCUGGAUUCACAAUACAGGUCCAAUCGGGUGUCUACCUAAAUUCGUGAAGACCUAUCCACCAACUCCAAACAACACAGACGAAAUAGGGUGUGUGAAAUCAUACAACGAACUAGCACAAGUCUUCAAUAAACAGCUCAAAGAUAAGGUAUCACAACUCAGGACACAACUUGAAGAAGCAUCCUUCGUGUAUGUUGACAUGUAUUUGGUCAAAUAUUCUCUCAUAAGUGAAGCAAAUGAGCAUGGCUUCACCGACCCUCUAGGACAGUGCUUAGGACAAGAUGGGGACGAUAAUAAGGCUUGUACAAACCCGUCAAAGUAUAUUAACUGGGAUGGAGUACAUUAUACUGAAUCAGCUAACAAAUGGAUCGCUAAGCGUCUUCAAGAUGGAUCAGUGAAUACACCAAAAAUUUCCCUCGUUGAAGCUUGUCAUGCCUUCUCGGGUUCCCGGAGUGAAGUCUCAGGAUAGUAAAGUAAUUUACAUAGACAAAAAGUUCAAGUUUUAUACUUUGUAAAAGAUUAGCUUAGUUUGUGUGCAGAUCAAGAUGUAACGAAGAACAUAUUACAAAGUAGGCGUUACUUGAACUUUAUCAUGUAUUGCAAUCAGUUGUAAUAGUAAAUACUUUCCAUCAUGUUUAC